GAAGCCUUGGAUACCCGGGAGAAGGGUGUUGGGUUUUGUGUGAGUGGACCACUAGUAGUGAAACUUGGUCGUCGAGUGACUCUCCUGGUGACCCUGCCCAUCACUGCGGCUUCAUGGCGAGCCUCGCUUUCUCCAACUGUCUGGCUGCUCUUAACUAGUCGCACAAUUUGGGUAUCACCGGAGGUAUCAUCCUUACCUCUACUUUCCUUGUACAUCAUCGAAAUUGCUCAUAAGAAAUUUUGUGGAAUUCUUUCUGGAAUCCUUAACUUAACUAGGUUAAUGGGACUUCUAAUGGUGUCUUCUCUAGGAGUUUCUAAGCUCGACUGGCGACAAAAUUGGCUUCGUUUGUUGCGGAGUGCCUGCACUUUCUUUCUUUUUUCCUUUAUCUUACUGCCUAACUCUCCUCGUUGGCUCGUCACUCAAGGUCGUCUUAGCGAAGCUCAGAAAGCUCUUGUUUUUUUUAGAGGUAAACAUUUUGACUCUGAGCCAGAAUUACAGGAUAUCACUCAACAAAUUAGCAAUGUGAUAAGAAAUUGA